AUGGCACUCCUUACCAUCUUGGCGCCCUGGCUGGGCUUCCUCACAGUUAUUUACACUGCUCUGUAUUAUUUGCUCCCUUACUUUACCACGUACAAGUAUCUUUCAAAGGUUCCCGGUCCCUUCAGUGCGAAAUUCAGCAAUAUAUGGCUCGGGUUUGCAGCACGUCGUGGCCAAAAGUUCGCUGCUGUUGACUGGGCUCACCGGAAAUAUGGCAAGGUUGUUAGAGUUGGAUACAACCAUGUGUCCAUCGCAGACGAGCGGGCUCUCAAGGUUGUGUACGCUCACGGAAACGGCUUCCUCAAGGAUCACUUCUAUGAGGCUUUCGUCGUAGGCACGACCGGUCUCUUCAACACUCGGAAUCGCGUGGACCAUGCACGGAAGCGCAAGAUGAUCGCCCAUGCUUUCUCACCCAAGUCCGUUGGUGAAUUCGAGCCCCAUAUGACUUCCAAUGUUAGGAAUUGGGUUCGUCAGCUUGAUGGCAUUUCGUCAAAGCCCUCCACCAAUGGUUAUGCAACUUUCAAUGCCAUGCCCUGGUUCAGUUACAUCGCCUUCGACAUCAUUGGUGAUCUUGCUUUCGGCGCCCCGUUCGGCAUGGUCAACAAAGGCAAGGACGAAACCGAAGUCCAGCUUACCCCGGGAGGGCCAAUCUUCUAUGCGCCGGCUGUUGAAGUUCUGAACCGACGAGGAGAGAUCUCUACGACGCUGGGACUUCUUCCUGCUCUUAGACCGUGGGCAAAGUAUCUGCCUGACCCAUUCUUCUCCCUGGGAAUCGAAGCCGUGCAAAACCUCAACGGCAUUGCUGUCGCUGCCGUCGCCAAGCGGUUGGAUGCUGCUGAAAAGGGACUUGCUGGUGCGGGGAAUGACCGAAACGACCUUUUGGCUAGACUGAUGCAAGGCGAGGACGCCGAGGGGAACAUCAUGGGCAGACAAGAAGUGACUGCCGAAGCGCUCACACAACUCAUCGCUGGGUCUGACACCAUCUCUAACACGGCCUGCGCAAUCUUCUACUGGACCCUGCACGGCGAGCGUGCGAACCCAGGAUCCGUCAUUCCCCGACUUCAAGAAGAACUCGAUGCCGCAAUCCCUGCCGGCACCGACGUUGCCACUUAUUCCAUGGUGAAGCACCUGCCGUUCCUGAAACGCUGUAUUGACGAGGGCAUGCGUCUGCACUCGACCUCCGCUCUUGGACUCCCCCGUAUCGUGACCGCUGAAGAGGGUAUCGAUUUCGACGACUACCACUUUCCCUUCGGCACCGUCCUCUCCGUCCCCUCAUACACCGUCCACCACCUGGCAGAGAUCUGGGGCGACGAUGUUGAAGAGUUCAAGCCCGAUCGCUGGCUCUCGUUGAACCAUAGGCAGCGAGAAGCUUUCAACCCCUUCUCAUACGGACCCCGCGCUUGCGUGGGACAGAAUGUCGCGGUGAUGGAACUCCAGAUUAUGAUCGGGACUAUCUUCAGAAGAUAUGAGUUUGAGCUGUAUCAGAAGAAAUUGGAAUCGCAUGAGGGUUUCUCGAAGAAACCGAGGGAGUGUUAUGUGGGUAUUAGGAAGAGAGGGGAGAAGGCUUGA